AUGAACUUCCUCCUUGCCUUCGCCCUGCUGUUUGCUGGGGGCUUGUCCCCAGCCCGUGGGAGCCUCUGGGACCUGUACAAGUUGAUCACGGAGGUGACAGGGAAAAAUGCUUUUUGGUAUUACGCCUCCUACGGCUGCUACUGCGGCUGGGGGGGCAAAGGGCAGCCCAAGGACGACACAGACAGCUGCUGCCAGAUCCACGAUAGCUGCUACGACAACCUCCUGGGCUACCACUGCGACGCCAAGCUGAAGGGCUACCAGUACAGCUGGCACGGUGGCCACCCCUACUGCA